GCUCCCAAUCCAAAUCCAGAAUCGAGUUACUUGCUGUUCUGUCAGGUUGUACUUCCCUUCUCUAUUGGCGGUAUUGGAAUGGUUUUCGCUGGAGUCGUUCUUGAUCUUGUACAAAAUUGGCGGCUUUUUAAAGAAGUACCAGAAACUUUUAUUUUGGUCCCUGCUCUUUUGGGACUGAAAGGAAAUCUGGAAAUGACUCUUGCUAGUCGAUUGUCAACGUUGGCUAAUUUGGGAUUUUUGGAUUCUUCUUCCGAACGUAGGAAAGUAAUAAUUGCGAAUUUGGCACUGAUUCAAGUACAGGCCACUGUAAUCGCCUUCCUUGCUUCUUCAUUUGCUCUAGCCUUAGCAUGGAUUCCGAAAGGACAGCUUGACUUGUCUCAUGCUACAUUAUUAUGUGCGUCAUCUCUUGCAACGGCAUGUUUCGCUUCGUUUAUUCUUAGUAUUUUGAUGGUCCUGGUCGUCAUUUUUUCUAGGAAGUACAACAUUAAUCCAGAUAAUGUUGCAACUCCUAUUGCAGCAUCACUUGGUGAUCUGACUACAUUAUCUGUAUUAUCCAUGUUCGGUACCAUAUUUCUUGACACCCACAUCACUGGAUCAUCAUUGAACAUAGUCAUCAUAAUAGUCCUUUUGUCAAUGGCUCCUAUUUGGAUUCGAUUUGUUUUGCGAGACGAGGGUGCGAAAGAGGUUUUAUCUGACGGCUGGUCUCCUAUUAUCUUCGCCAUGUUAAUGAGUAGUGGCGGAGGCUUUAUUUUGGAGAACGCUGUUCGAGAGUUUCACGGUGUUGCCAUAUUUCAACCUGUGAUAAAUGGAGUGGGUGGUAAUCUUGCUGCUGUACAAGCGAGUCGUCUAUCAACAUAUUUCCAUCAGAUUGGAACACUUGGUGAACUUCCUCAUGGAUGGACUACUGGACGUUUCUGCAGUGUGAAGCGGGCUUUCUUUAGCAAGGAUAGUGAUUCUCGUUCCGCGCGCGUUCUUUUAUUUCUUGUCGUACCUGGGCACAUAGCUUUCAACUGGCUGAUCCGUGUUUUUCAUUUUGGAUCCAUUAUACCGCCACACGGUGCCCUUUUCACUAGUCUUUAUCUAAUCGCAGCUAUUGUGCAGGUAAUGAUUUUGCUGUAUGUGUGCCAAUAUAUGAUAGCUGUGAUGUGGAGCUGGCGAAUCAAUCCUGACAACGCGGCCAUCCCAUACCUUACGGCUCUAGGUGAUGUUCUUGGUACCACGCUGCUGUUCUUACUGUUUUUAUUCCUGGAGAAGAUUGACUCAAAGGAACUUUUGAUGAAUUAG